AUGGCUUUCCCGCGAGAUACGACUCUUGACACGAAGUUCAGGAAAGAUGUUCCUAGCAACAUGUCGUCAAGUUCCAAUGCCCAAGUCCGCCCGGCGCAGGACUUGGGCCACAGGUCUACCAAAUCUGAUCAUGUACUCUCCGGUCAGGACUCACAGUCCCCCACCGCUUCUACCAAAUACGACUUCUUCCCUAGAGAGAAAAGUCAUCACAAGUCGGCCAAGUCCCUUUCUGAACCGCCUAUGGUUUACAUACCAUCCAACGAUCGCCCGCUCCCGCCUUACGACUCCGAUUCCUCCGGAGCCACAACCCCUUGCCCACCGCCCGAGGUGCCGUAUCACGUCUUUUCGAAGAACGAGAAAUGGAUGGUUAUUGUGAUCAUUGGAGUCGCUGGCUUGUUCUCGGGCCUCUCCUCCAACAUCUACUUUCCGUCUUUGAACGCUAUUGCACAGGAUCUGAAUGUUAGUUUGAACAUGGUUUCUCUGACCAUAACUUCGUACUUGAUCAUCCAAGGAAUCUCCCCUCUGAUUUGGGGCUCGAUUUCCGAUGUUCUUGGACGUCGGCCUAUCUACAUCGCUUCGUUCGCAGUAUACAUCGUCUCAAACAUUGCUUUGAGUUUCUCUCCAAGCUUCACGAUAUUACUUGUGUUCAGGGGUCUGCAAGCAGCUGGAAGUGCAUCGACUGUCAGUAUUGGAAAUGGUGUUAUCCAGGACAUCUCCCCGUCUUCGGAAAGAGGUGGCUUCAUCAGCUUCUACCAAGCGAUCCGAAAUUUCAGUAUCGCAGUCGGUCCCGUCCUUGGAGGGCUCUUGUCCAACUUCCUCGGGUUUCGUUCGAUAUUCGUCUUCCUCCUCAUCAUCUCGACGAUCACUCUUGCAGUCAUUGUUGUGUUCCUCCCCGAGACGAUGCGAAGUAUCGCCGGCAAUGGCUCCAUUCAACAGAACGGGAUAUACAAGCCUUUGGUGUGGUACAUCACCGGGGAGCCCACUUACACUCAGCCGAGUCAUGAAACAACAAAGCCCAAGAAAAGAAUUACUCUUGCGACAUUUUUGGAGCCCUUGAGGCUACUAGUUCAGAAAGACAUUCUCAUCAACCUUGUCUUUGGAGGCGUCAUCUAUGCUAUUUGGAGUAUGGUAACAUCAAGCACAAGCGGUCUCUUCAAGACAAGCUUUGGCUUGAGCGAACUUCAGAUCGGUCUUUGCUUUCUUCCAAAUGGUAUCGGCACCAUUGUGGGCUCUACUAUUGUUGGCAAGCUCAUGAACAAGGACUUUGCAGCUUUCGAGGCCGCAUAUAAGUCUGCGCGAAACAUACCGUCAGCAAAGAAGCUAUCGUCCAAGGACGUGCCCGCAGAUUUCCCCAUCGAACGAGCCCGUUUGAUGCGCCUCCCAUGGAUCGUAGUCAUCUUCACCAUCACCACAGCAGCUUACGGUUUCACCUUGGCAUACCCCUCGAUCACAAGCCUGGGCGGUUGGGUUGCGGUCCCGCUGGUCCUGCAGUUCUUCAUCGCGGCUACCAGUAACGCUGUUUUCGCGCUCAACCAGACCCUGGUGUCUGAUCUCUGCCCGGGCAAGGGUGCGAGCGCUACUGCCAUCAACAACCUGGUACGGUGCAGUCUCGGUGCUAUUGGCGUUGCUUUCAUUGAGCAGAUGAUUGCCCUCACGGGCGUGGGGCCGACGUUCUUAGGCCUGGCGCUGAUCACUGUGUCAAUGACGCCGCUCGCGGUGAUCCAUUGGAAUUACGGUCAUCAAUGGAGGGCUGAGCGUAUGAUGGCCAAGGAGGAGAAUGAGAAGAAGAAAAUGGGAACAAAAGUUUGA